GUUUCUGUUUUUUUUCUUUCUUCUUUCUCUUCCUAGAUUAGAGAGGAAAAGACUUGACACCAGCAGUCGCUCCAGCCUCUGUGGCUGCUCUCUGCCUCGCCAGACACUAAGCUGAGGGUCAUUUGUUUGUUAGUUGCUAUAGAACGGUGAUUGUUAAUGAGCAAAGAAUACUACUGAUAAUCCCCAACACUGCCUGGAUCCACCCUGUUCAGUAAUUUUUAAUUUUUAAUUUUUUAUAACUACUUAGACCUACAUAUUUCCAGUUUUUGUGUCCAUUAUCAGCGGGUUGCUUUCAGUUUCCUUACAUGUAUUACUGUUUGAUUAGAGGUCUUUUGUUUUCUAAUAGUUUGGAUUUCCCUGCAGAGAGGAUGUUGUUGUCUGGGUGUUUUUUCCUGUAGCUUGUAGAGCAGGUUGUGUUUGAGGAUUAGAAUCGGUGUGAGAGGAAACAACUGAUGUCAAGAUCCAACGCUAUCUAAAAAACAUUCCUACUUUUUCUACUGCUUUUUUCUACUGACCGGGGAGCACGCUGGGCUGGUGGAUUUAUUUUUCCCCUCCCUGGAUGUAACACUUGGAGCCAUGCUGCUGCUUCUUCUGCUGCUACUCUGCCUGCAAACUUCACUGCAAGACCAGACUGCUCCUCCUGGUCGGUGUGACGUCUCACAGAGGGUGGACUUACACACCUCCUGCACUUCCUGUGCUGCUGUCUCCACCAGCAGCUGCCCCCAUGGCUUCAGCAACGUGGGGACGACCAACUGCAGUUACGUGGUGGAGAUCGGUGGCAGGGAGACGGUGCUGGAUGGAUGUCAGCACACCUGUGUGAAGGGGUUCCUGCAGCCACAGUGCUGCCCGCAGUCCUGGGGACCUCUUUGUCUCCCCUGCCCCAGCUGGUCAGGAAAGACCUGUAACUUCCAUGGAACCUGCCUGGAUGGAGACCUUGGCAACGGGACCUGCGUGUGUGAUGACGGCUUCUCUGGCUUUGCCUGUCAUGAGUGUAAGAAUGAAAACUUCUUUGGAGAAAAGUGUGAUAAAAAGUGUGACUGUGUGCAUGGAGUGUGUAAUAAAGGUCCAGAUGGUGAUGGACAGUGUUUCUGUCAGCCGCCGUACAGGGGGAAGCGCUGUGACCAAGUGAGUACCAGGUGCAGCAACUGCAGCCCGUACUCAUACUGUAAAGGAGAAGGAGAUGCCGCCGACUGUGAAUGUUUGCCCGGAUACAGAAAGACGUCAAUGGGCAAAUGCGCAAGUAUUUGCUCAGCGAGGGACUGUGACGUCAACGCCCAGUGCUCCUCACAGGGGUCAAAGGUCAGCUGCGUCUGUAAACCGGACUACCAGGGCGACGGCAAGAUCUGCAUACCCAAAAACCCUUGCUCCGUAAACAACGGAGGGUGUCCCGUCAACUCCACCAUCUGUGUCUUCAAAGGACCCAACAAGUCCAGCUGCGAGUGUAUGUUCGGCAUGUCCCCUGUAGGUGGCAACGCUGAGUUUGGUUGUCAGCUGGUCUCUGCCUGCUCAGCUGACACCUGUGACCCCACAGCUGAGUGUCAAACUAAACUGGAUGGACAACCCAGGUGUGUGUGUGAUGCGGGUCGGAUUGGUGACGGAUGGCGUUGCUAUGGUAACCUGAUGGAGCGGCUGAUAGAGCUGGACAGGAGUGGAAGCCAAAGAGAAAAUCUGACCGGCGCCGUCGCAUUGUUUGAGAAAGGGUGUUCACUGCUGCUGAGUCACAACGGACCAUUCACAGCUUUCAUCCCCCUGAUGAAAACCCCUCUGACUGGUGUAAAUGAGGAGCUGGUGUGUAAAAACCACCUGAUCUUGGGUCAGCACCUCUACAAGGAUCUGGAGGGACGGGACUUCAACCUGUACGGAGGAGCCAGGUUGAGGAGCAAAGACAACAAGAGGUUCAUCCUGAUGGAUAACCCCAGCAGACAGUACACCGUAAUCCAGGAAGACCUGCCAGCAGCCAAUGGGAUCAUCCACAUCAUCGACAGGCCAAUCAUCAUCACACUUUCUGACAGGCCUCUUCGUGAUGAGCAGUUCGCUGAUAAGACUAUCGGAGAGAUUCUGACUAAGGACGAAAAAUACAACCGCUUCCUGUCUCUGGUUGAUAACUGUGGGUCACCGCCCCCCUUACAUGGUCCAGGGCCCCUGACUGUGUUCAUCCCUACCAACCAGGCUGUGGACAAAUCCCGGGACGGCAGCAUCUUGUACAUGCUUAAUGACGCCAAACAUAAACUGCAGGAACUCCUCAGACACCAUGUUUUCUCCCAGGCUGUGCUGACAGUCGACGAGUUGGCUGCUCUCCCUCAGAUUCAGACGAUGGCCAAUCAGAUUGUCACCAUCACUGUGUCAAAUGAGGGUGAGAUCCUAUUGGGCGAGAAGGGCGUCCGUCUGGCUAGCUCAAACAUUGUGGCGUCCAAUGGGAUCAUCCAUAUGAUCGAGGGGCUUCUGUACCCGCCAUCCAUCCUCCCCAUCCUGCCUCACCGCUGUGAUGUCAUCGAGAGCAAGAUCACAGUGAGUCCAUGUGUUCACUGCAGUUACCUCUAUGAGACCAAAUGUCCGGAUGACACUGUUGAAAUGGACAGUCAUCAGAUCGGCUGUGAAUACGUCACGUCCCCCCUCAGGCCGACGCUCAGUACAGGCUGUGCCAAAUUCUGCAACGCCACUAGAAAGGUAGCACAGUGUUGUAAAGGUUUCUAUGGUCCGGACUGUAAACCCUGUAUCGGAGGAUUCCAGCAUCCCUGCUACGACAAAGGAACGUGUUUUGACGGUAUCCACGGCAACGGCUCGUGCAGCUGUCAGCCAGGCCUCAGGGGUGUCGCCUGUCACAUCUGCGCGGAUCCAUCCAAGCAUGGAGACAACUGUGAUGAAGAGUGUCGCUGCGUGCAUGGUGUGUGUGAUAACCGUCCAGGCGGCGGUGGUGUGUGUCGGAGAGGAUCCUGCAUGGAGGGAUACUCCGGAGAAAACUGUGACAAGACGGCCACGCCCUGCAACUCUGACGGACUGCAGGAGCACUGUCACAUCCACGCAUACUGUACACUCACAGGACUGCGUACUAUGUGCUUGUGUAGGGAUGGAUAUGAGGGUGAUGGUCACUCCUGUUCUCCCAUCAACCCCUGCCUGAAAAACAAUCGAGGAGGCUGCGACACCAACGCAGAGUGUGCGUAUGUGGGUCCAGGUAACGCGUCGUGUGUGUGUGUUGAGGGUUGGACGGGUGACGGGAGAGUGUGUGUUGAGAUCAACAACUGUGAGCUGGAGAGUCGAGGAGGCUGCAGCGCCAACGCCGACUGUACCCACAUCGGACCUGGACAGAGUGAGUGUGUUUGUAAGACAGGUUACAUGGGGGACGGCACAGUGUGUGACCUCAUUAACCCCUGCCUCCAGAAGAACGGAGGCUGCCAUGACCUGGCGAAGUGUGAGCGCUCUGUGGAGGGUGGAGCUCACACCUGUACCUGUCCUGACGGCUACGCUGGAGACGGAACCAUCUGCUACGGAUCGUUACUGGACGAGCUGGAGAUGAGCCCAAAGCUGUACAGUUUCUACCGACUGAUUCAGAAAUACAGUCACCACGCUGAGGACCUGAGUGGGAACCUCACAGUGUUGGUUCCGUCCAGAGAAACUAUCAGGAACAUGAGUUCAGCUCAGGACCUAUUCUGGACCAGCCGGCACCACCUGCCUCACUUCCUGCGGGCCCACUUCCUGCAGGGGAUCUACUCUGUAGAGGAUUUAGAUGGACUGGUGGGGAGCAGGCUGCCCACCCUGAACCCCUCCACCUCCUGGGAAAUCAGCAACCGGAACCAGGUGAUCCAAAUUGGAAACGCCUCCGUCCUCACCCACAACCUGCCUGCAAUCAAUGGCUACAUCCACAUCAUAGACCAGAUUCUGACUCCAUCCUUCUCAGACCUCCCCCCUGAGCCCCCCAGCCUGAUGGCCUUCCUGAACUCCUCCUCCACCUUCACUCUAUUCAGACAGUACGGUCUGAUGUACAAUCUGUCAGAGGAACUGGGGGUGUUUGAUUUCACCCUCCUUUUACCAACAGAUGACGCCAUCCGGCAGCACCUCGGCUGGACUAACUCCUCCCUACUGGACCCUGAUGUGUUCAAGUACCAUGUGAUUCUCAAAGAGUUGCUCUUCCCUGACCACCUGACUGAUGGCAUGCUGAGAAGCACCCUGCUGGGCAGCGACUACCAUGUCCAGUUCCACUUAAAUGAACACAACCAGACAGCUGUGAACGACGUUCCUCUUGACGGCAGUUUCAUAGAGACGCAGAAUGGUGUCAUCAUGGUCCUCCCUCAGGUCCUCAAAGUCCACCGCAACAGAUGCAGCAAACAGGUCACCCUGCAGGUCAACGGAAGGUGUUCAGACUGUGAAGGACCACCUCGGUGCCUAUUCAACUACACACCAAUCAGGAAACAGUUUCCAGCCAACAUGCGAUCCAACUGUCAAUACAGUAAGCGAACUGGAACCAGGAGGAAGAGAAUGCCAGGCUGUGUCAUCAAAUGUCUUCGGUUAACCACGGAUCAUUCCUGUUGCCCCGGUUACUACGGCCACGAGUGCUUCAAAUGCCCCGGAGACGUUGGCAGCUGGUGCUACAAUCACGGAGAGUGUCAGGACGGUAACUAUGGAAACGGGGAGUGCCGUUGCUUUGAGGGUUUUCACGGCACCGCGUGUGAGGACUGUGAGCCAGGACGAUACGGAGACAACUGCUCCUCCAAGUGUGUGUGUGAUCACGGGAAGUGUGAGGACGGUCUGACAGGAAGUGGCAAGUGUAUAUGUCAUAAAGGAUGGAAAGGAGCUUCCUGCUCUAUAGAGAUCAAGGACGAUGCUUGUGGAGGUGUGUGUGACAUAAAUGCCAACUGUAUUACAGGACCCAAGGGUUCAGCUCCGGCUUGUGUGUGUGUUGCUGGAUAUGAAGGCAAUGGAACUUACUGCAAAGAGCUGGAUUUGUGCCGCAUGUCUAACGGUGGAUGUUCAGAAUUUGCCGUCUGCACGAAGGUCUCAGCAGGAGAGAGGACCUGUACAUGUAGUGAGGGGUACACUGGAGACGGGGUCAUCUGCCUGGAGAUUGACGGCUGUCUGGUCAACAAUGGAGGCUGCCAUAAGUUAGCAGAGUGCAUCAGAACAGGUUCCAACAUGACAGCCUGCAGGUGUCCUAUGGGCUUCCAAGGAUCAGGGCGGGUCUGUUACCCUGUCAACCCCUGCAGAAAUAACAAUGGCGGCUGCAGUAAGUUUGCUCGCUGUGAGUAUAUGGGUCAGGGUCAGAGGAACUGCUCCUGCCUCAGAGGCCACGUGGGCGAUGGCUUUGAUUGCCGGGGAAACACCUACAAUGAGCUGUUCCGACAAUCAGAGAACACUUUCUUCCGUCAAAUGUUAUCUAUGUCAGGCUCUCGUGGUCUCCUUGGUGAGGGACCGUUUACUGUCUUUGCACCUGUAGAGGAAACCAACAACGACUCCUCUUCUAUCGACAAAUGGAACCAGUUUGGUCGUCUUCCUGACCUGGUUCGUUACCACGUCGUUUCUUGUGAGACUUUGACCUUAAGUGACCUGAAAACCACAGAGUUUGCUGUUUCAACAUCAGGACACACACUGCACUUCAGCCUGCAGCAGGGUUCAGUCUGGAUCAACAACAGAUCGAGGAUUGUGAAGAGUGAUUACGUGACAUCUAACGGAGUCAUUCACCAGAUUGACGCGGUGUUGAUGCCCUACAGGCUGGAGGACAAACCAAUCCUCCAGUCUAACAUGAUGAAUUUGACGUCAGCAGCGAUGUUUUAUGGCUACAGCCGCUUCUACAAACUCGUGGAGGAUGCAGGGUUGCUUCCAGUGCUCCAGAUGUCCAUCCACCAGCCGUUCACCAUGUUCUGGCCCACGGACAAGGCCCUUAACUCCCUGCCAGCUGAAAGACAGCACUGGCUGUCCAGCCCCGAUCACCGAGACCAAGUGGCGGCCUUGGUGAAGGCUCACAUCAUACGCAAUUCCAAGGUGAUGGGUGUCAGUCAGCCGGAUAAAUUCUCAUCCUUUCGCACCAUGCAUGGAUCAACCAUCAAGUACAGCUGUGACAAGACGCUGGUGGGGGCUGUAUUGAUUAAUGAGAACGCAGCCCGGAUAGUGGAGCGCUACCUGAACUUCAAAGAGGGCGUGGCCUAUGGCAUCGACCAGCUACUGGAACCACCUGGCCUGGGAGCACUCUGCGACAGUCUGGAGAACAAAACCGCUUACGGGCGCUGUGGACGCUGUCUCUUCCCUCCAUACUGCCCCUUCAGACACCAAGACACGGGAAAGACAGAGCGGUGUUUGCAGUUCAGGACCUCCAGGUAUGGCCGCGGCUACCCAUCUUUCUUUGACCUGGAUGACCCUUGGGGCCGGGCGGGCUGUAAGAGAGUUUGUCAGUUUCCUUCCUGGGUCCAAAAGUGCUGCAAAAACCACUACGGCCGAGACUGCCAAGUUUGUCCAGGUGGCCUAGAGGCCCCUUGUGGUAACCAUGGUGACUGUGACGACGGGAUGCGUGGUUCAGGAAGAUGUAGGUGCCACGAAGGUUUCAGAGGAACAGCCUGCGAACAUUGUACCACCAACCACUACGGCCCCAACUGCACAGCCUGCAGUUGUGGGGCGCAGGGAAAGUGUGAUGAAGGCAUUGAAGGCUCUGGACAGUGUGUCUGUAACCCGGGCUGGGAGGGGGAUAACUGCCAGAUCGAUUUAGGCUCCAUCCCAGAGGAGUGCCGGGGAUGCCAUGCUCAGGCCGACUGUGUGCCAGGUGUUGGUUGUCAGUGUCAAUCUGGGUUUCAGGGGAACGGCACCUUCUGCAGUCCAGAGCCACCUCCAGACCUCUGCUCCGAGUACAACGGCGGCUGUCACUUGAACGCAGACUGUAACCAGACGGGACUGCUCGUCAACUGCAGCUGUCACAGCGGUUACCAAGGAGACGGCUACUCCUGUGAGCCCAUCAACAGGUGUACUGAAGAGCAGAAUGGUGGCUGCAGUGACUUUGCCACCUGCAAGUUCACUGGUCCAAACGAGCGGCAGUGUGAGUGCCUGCUGGGGUAUGUGGGUAAUGGAGUCCAGUGUCUGGAGAAGGUCGUGCCCCCUGUUGACCGCUGCUUGGAAGGAAAUGGAGAUUGCGACCCUGUGGCCACCUGCAAGGACCUGCAUUACCAUGCCAACACAGCCGGAGUGUUCCACCUGCGCUCUCCGGACGGGAAGUACAAGAUGAACUUCAGUCAGGCCGACGCUGCCUGCCAGGCCGAGGGCGCUGCGCUGGCCAACUUUAAACAGCUGGGAGAUGCACAGCAGCUGGGGAUGCAUCUGUGCGUGGCCGGCUGGAUGGAGGGGGGGAAGGUGGGAUACCCAACCCGCUUCCCCUCAAUUAAGUGUGGAGACAACCACGUAGGCCUGGUUAUCUACAAAGAACCUGUGGACCAAAGCAGCAAGUACGACGCCUACUGCUACAGGCUCAGAGAUGUUUCGUGUGUGUGUCCCGCAAGUUACAUUGGAAACGGAGACUUCUGUAACGGCGUCCUGACCAGUGUCCUUGCAAAAUACAGCAACGUCUCCAUCUUUUACAAGUUGUUGUUGGACUAUAGCGGCCGGUCCUCAGAAGGCAAACAGCUUGUUGAAUUUAUGUCUCACAGAAAGUCUGAGGUCACGUUGUUUGUUCCUCACAACGCCGGCUUUGCCCCAAACCAGACUCUGUCUGAUAGAGAUCUUGAAUAUCACAUCUCAACCAAUCACAGUAGACGACCAUUCAAGGAUCUAAGACAUCAGGAAGUCAUCAAGUCCAGGCUUGGGUUCAACCUGACUGUUACCCACGGCAACAAUGAGAGCUCUAUGCUGGUGAACCAGCUGCUGCUGUUGGAGUGGGACAUUCCAGCGGUAAACGGGAUCAUCCACGUCAUCGAGGCCCCACUGACAGCGCCCCCUGCACCUAUCUCCCAUCAUGCUUCCCGAGGCCACGCCCACUCAAGCGGCACAGUGUCGGCCAUCUUGGUGUCGGUGUUGCUGGCGUGUGUGUUGGCUGCACUCGGCUACUAUGUCUUUAAAAACAAGAACGACGCCUUCCGCUUCCACUACUUCAGGAAUGAGGAUGAGGACGGUGCGGCGGGCGGCAGAACGAAGCCCACGCUGGUCUCCAUCCCCAACCCACUGUACAGCGGCUCCAGAGCCUUCAGCGAGCCGUUUGGGGAUGCCAAUCAGGGGUUUGAGCCAGCAGAACCUGAAGAACCUCCAAAGAUCCUGGACUUGGACCAGUAGAACCAUUAAAACUGGAGCUGUUUUAACAUGGUUCAGCUUUAUCUCCAUUCAUCUGUAUCCACAUAAGAAAUAAAAUAUAUCUGUUUACUUAA